CAAGCAAUUCUCAAGUGAUCGCGAUCAAUUAUUUCUCAAUGUAUGCCUAGUCUUGUACCUGCAAAAAUAGCGCUGUAUGAUGUCAUUUUCACCAAAUAGAAAUUUCAUGAAUAAUUAUCGAUCUACUCAUACAAAGUCUCUCAUUGAAGCCUUUGUGUUUCUUAAGAAUGUGCAGAAAGCUAAAUAUUUUUUUGGAGGGAAAUUCUCUCUCAAGACGCAUUUCAUUACCCAGCCACAUGUUGGACACAAGUGAGAUGUUUUUGAAAUGAGAAAAAGGGCACAUAUUGUAGGGCAAGGGAAGGACUGCAUUUCAUUGAAAUAAAGUCUCAAAUUUCUCAAACACUCCUUGAAAGAAAAAUAGGAAAAAUAAGGAUAUUUCUCUUCAAGGUAUGGCCAAAUAUUUUGAAAAUCUCAGCACGGUGCAGCAUUUUCCGGCGGAAGUUAUUGUGAGGCCAAUUAUAAGGAAUCCAGAGACUUUCUCACAUCCAUCGGUAGUCAGUCAGAAAUGUCUGUGGAUAAUCCCUACUACUUCAAUAAUGUUGGCGAAUGUUCAAAAAGCCCACAAUCGCCGGGCAGAGGAACCUUUUCAUUCUUUCGCAAAAAGAGCAGCACAUCGAAGCUCAACACGGGAUCACCUUCUAAAGGAAAGGUUUUUCCAAGUUCCCAAACACCAUCGUCAGAUACAGUUUCCCUGGGUGGAAGUCGAAGGGGCAGCCACUGGUCGUUGAACCGCUCAAAGAGCUCAACAUCUUCAAGCGUUCCUUACUCCCAGGGCGUCAUCCUGGGGGAGUGUAGGCCCUGUCAGCCCAAUCCCACCCACUUCCGCCAUCGCCUUGGUUCCUACAAUGAAUCCAUCUCUUACGGCGGAAGCGACGAUGUCUUUCUUCCUGAUCACCGUCACAACAAUUUCCACACGAUCGACUUUCAUAUCCCACGUGUGGGGGAUUGUGUCACAGACGGAAGCAGUUCCUCUGGCCUCAGACGCCACUCCAUUGGGACUUUCACUCAAAAGGAACGCACGAGAUGCGGUUCAUUUUCCGAUGAGGUUCCAAAAAUGCCAGCUCCAAAACCACCUACAUCCAGUAACCAGAGCCCUUCAGAACGUUCCACCUUGCGAAAGGGCUCUAAAUGCAGCACUAGUGGAAGAAAUAUGGAUGACAUACUGAUUGUUACAACGCGCCAGAGUGAAUCAGCAAUCCUAUGGGCCAAUCAUCUCAAGACGCGCUUUGACAAAAUCACCAAAGAACGAGGACGCAUCCCAUUCAAUUUUCUCCAUGUCAAGAUAGAGGAUGGAAAUCUGUCAACGGACAUCGUUAGCAGAUGCUUAUCGACAAAGCUACAAAUUGUCAUAAUUUGCCCAUCACUCUUGGCACUGCCACACUCCCAAUUAAUGGCACAGCUGUCAGCAAUUCUGAGGCCUGAGAAAGUUCUGGGACUCCUGCUGGAGAUCGACGAGAAGCGUGUCCUCGAUAUUCAUCAACAGGCUCUGCCCAACUUUAAGCAAUGGAAGAGAUGUGUUGUUAGAAAUGACGACCAGUCCUUUGUGGGAAAGGUCUUAGGGAUAGCAACAGAUAUAUUGGGGGCAGCCCUUCGGGACCAACCACUAAGCAACUCGAUCUCUUCCGUAAUCCCUCAAUCAUGCCACGAUGCCUUCACUGUUCUUCCUAAGAAGCUAAGAGUGUCGCAAAAUAAGGUAGUCGCUCUCCUAACUGAACCCUUAAAACGAGAGGAUACCGUUAUCGUUAAGAUUGAGAAAAGUGAGGAAAUACUCGAAGUAUCGGGCAUUAAGAGACGUAAUCCCUACACUUUGCAAUUCAAUGUUCCCGAAUCAUGCAUGGAAGUGUCCAUGAUGAUAAAGAUUCACAUCGAAAAGAAUGGACUGGAUCUUGGUAGUCGAGAAAUAAAAUGUGAAAGUCGUUUAAGAGAAUUAGAGCAGAUCCUAAAAGGACAGGAGUCUCCUAUUGAAUUUGUCUGUCAAUCCCUUGGAAUCUCUACAGCUGAUCGAGAACGCCUAGAUUUGAAUCUUGUCCAAGCGUUCCAGAAAAAUAUUCCGCCCAAUUUCCAUCUUCUAUCCGGGGAGCACAGUGGUGGCUUUUUGGUUAACCGAGAAAACAGUCCAGAAGAGUAUCCAACCCUGCUUCAUUUUGCAGCAAAAUGGGGUCUUGAAAAACUCUCCAUGCAACUUUUAGACUGUCCUGGGGGUGAUGUGGCAACAUCUAUUCGGAAUGUUAACGGAAAGACUCCUUUGGAUCUAGCUGAACUCAAGAAACACACCAAACUUGUUGAGAUUCUAAAGAAUUUCACUCAAAUGCACGAGUUUACAACGAUGUAUCACUACUUCAAGGGUAUUACUGACUCUACAACUAAUAAGGUUAUCGUUGAUCUUAAGAGUGAAAUUAAAGGAUCAAGGUCUACAUCAACAACGCAUCAAAAGACAGAAACUCCCACCAAAGUGCCUGAAUAUAUGGAAAUGACGGGUAGUAGUAGUUCAAGCGAUCAUGGUUCCUACGGCCCUGUAAAUGCAGUAACGAAUCUAAACUACAUCAACGUAGAAACCAAGUCAAACAGUGGUGAAGAUGUUUGUGAUGGAAUUUCUGGAAUGAGGGUAACUGAUGAUGAAGUCUUGACCAAUGAGCUGAGGAUCAACGAACCUGCGUACUAUGAGUCUAAGGAUUCCAAUAAAACAGACGACUUUAGUCAGGAGUGUUCAAACUUGCUAGAAAGUGUUGUCGUUGAUUGUCCAGAUGCUGUCUCAGACUACCUAAUUCAUCCUUCAAAUCGCCCAGUUACCCUAUUGCAGAAGGAGUUCCCGAACUACUUGACCCACCCUUCGAACAGACCCGUUGAAGCAAGCUAUGUUAACGACGCGAUUUCUUCGCCUAAUGCAAAGACACCUUCAAGCGCUUCAAGCCCUUAUGAUUCUCACAUGAGGUUCACAUUCAAACGUCGCGAUGAUGGAACAAGAAGUGGGACCCUAAAGCGGCAAGGUAGUGACACGUCUAAGGUCAGCGUUGAUGAGGAACUUCUAGAGAUUAUCAAUGAUUUCAAGAACAACGUGUUUACCAUAAAUGAAGUUGAGCAGUUGGUAUCUGCUUGGAGGAAUCGCAAUGACGUACAACAGAGUUACAAGGACAAGCAACAACAAUUAAAGGAGAUGCGAGACGAGUACGAAAGACUUCAAAGUCGUAUGAAGGAGACUAUGAAGAGUCCUACUCCUUUUGAACGAUUCAAGCGUUUGUUCACACGAAGCAAGAGUCAAGACAAGAGAGAAAGGGAAGCUUCGGGAGGAUCUACCACUCAAAGGCCUAUAAGUAGUCUUAGCCUCCAGAGCGUUUCUAGUUCUUCUUCAUCAGGACGCAUGAGUACGGGUAGUGUUUGCAGUGGAACGAGCCUUGGAGAUAGUGGGACACAUUCAGAUCAUGAAGAUCGUCGUCAAAUGUACAACUGCCGCGUGGGCGUUCCUGGCAGUCUUAUGGAGAACUAUUCUGUACCACCUGCACCUAGGGUUGUUUCCCAACCACCUGAUCAUCACUACGUUAUCUUCCCGUCAAAUCUACCUGUCUAUGGUUCGCCUUCCGCAGCAUCACCAUCCGAUGCUUCGAAAUCUUUUAAUCACGACUAUUUGAACUUCAACGGACUAAAUACCAUUGAAGAGGCCAAAGAGACAGACUUUCCUGUCACAGUUCAACCUAUAAAGAUCCAAAGGAGUGAUACACUGUACAGCAAGAGCCAAAAAGGUUCUAACGAUCUAUGCACAUCAUUCAGAGCUACAACACCACCAGCAACCAAUGGAGAGCCAUCACAAGAUUCUCCGGCAAAUGCCAAAGAAACUCCAGACGGGGACGUUACCCCGGAAAUCAAUCUGUCAGAAAUUGAUCUCCAGACCCAAACCACCAUCCGCAACUUCAACAGAACCAUCAAAGAAUGCAACGAAGAUCUCCAUCGUGAAACAUGCGCCAAAGUCCAAGAACAUCAUCAAAAUCACGAUUACAUUAAUAUCCAACUUAACUCCUAAUUUCCAUCUGCAGAAGUGCCAUUGGAGUUUAAAUAACAAUUUUCUAGUAUUUAUUUUGCAAGCAUUUCUAUUGACAAAUACACAUACGAUAGAUUUUCUAUUUUAUGGUUAGAUUCGUGUCUUUUCAUACUCCAAAUAUUUGUACUAUUUUCUAAUGAUUGAGAAAUAAAUGUUGUAUUAAAAGA